AUGGCAGAGGUUCAGACGCAACUGGCGGCGCUGUCCUUAGGGCCCUCCGCCUCGCAAGCCAAUCCGGUGGAUGCGAGAGCUUCUAAAGCUGCCAAUUCAAGGAAUCGUCUUGCUAUUGACACGUACUCUCCCGUGAACCAAAAUGGUAGCUUCGAGUUUGACCGCGUCAUCAAGAGCGGUUACGUGCAGAAACGGACUCAAAAAACCAAGACGUGGAGGACCAUAUACCUGGUGCUGCGACCCAACACGCUGUCUCUAUACAAAUCGGACAAAGAGGAGAAGCUCCGCCACAAGAUCUACCUAUCAGAUUUAACUGCCGUAACCCUCUUGAAGGAUCCCAAGGGCAAACGGCUUAAUGUGUUUGGCCUCUUUUCGCCGUCAAAGAAUUAUCACUUCCAAGCUCCAACGCUGCAAGACGCCCAAGAGUGGGUCGAGCGCAUCAGGCGGGACGCCAGGAUAGAAGAGGAGGAGGAGGAGAUGUUCCUGGCAAGCCCCAUGGUUCGACAGCCCACCUUCUUCCAGGCCGACAAGGUCCAAGAUAGCGGACCCAACCGCGUGGCGUCGCCGUUGGACCGCCUCCCGUCGAGCUCUCCGGAGCCCCUUGAAGCUCCAAUUCGCAGCUUUGGAAAGUCCUAUGUCCGGCGGCCUUCGCAGCUAGACUCGUCGGGGCUCUCCGGGGCGGAGCUAGCGAGCCACUCCGACUUUUCAGACUCGGACAUGCAGCGGAUACCAGGCGCAUCCUUUGAAAGCCUGGCGGUGCAGUCUCCCCCGACCUCAUCCGGGCCGAACCGGCCGGCAUUAGGAGUGCUGAACUCCAACCAGCUCAGUGGUGUACAGCUUGACAGUGAUCCGGACCGAGUCAUUUGGCAAGGCUGGAUGUGGUUCCAGCGCAGCAAAGGAGGGGUGCGGCAGUGGAAGAAGUCGUGGGCUGCUCUACGUCCAAGGAACCUCAUUCUCUACAAAGACGAGACCGAAUCGUCGGUCCUGUUUGUUCUUUACAUGUCUUCGAUCGUCAAUGUCGUCGAUAUCGACCCCGUCAGCCGGACCAAGAAGCACUGCCUGCAGAUCAUAACCGACGAGAAGAGCUACCGAUUCUGCACCCGCGACGAGGAGACUCUGGUGCAAUGUCUGGGUGCCUUCAAGAGCCUCCUAGCGAAACGCCGCGAACUCGAGGCCAAGGCAGGGGGUGCUGUCGAGUCUCGACCUUCGGCUGCCUAG